CAGUUUUUCUUUCCUGACGCAAGAACAGAGGAGCUCUGCUCCUCCCAUAACCCCCUCCCUGUUCUUUCUCUUCCUCCCUCUUCUCCCCUAGGGUUAGGAUUUUGUGAUGGAAAUUUGAGACCUUGGACCACAGAUUCAUGGGAAAGGAGGCCCUUCCCUCCUAGUGCCCUCUGGGUUUUUGGAUCGAUUCAAUUCAUGUUGUUUUUCUCGCUGUAGUUUGGAUUCCCGUUCUUGUUUUGCAUCUGGGCAGGCAUCAGGGGGAGCGCUUGGUGCACUGGGGAGCUUGCAGCAGUGGCUGCUUUGCAGUGUGCCAGGAGAACAGGCAGCCUGCAGCGCUAGUUCUUUGGCCUUGGUGCGUAGAGGCAGCAGGCAGCAGGAGGUGAGCAGCGGUGGGGGGUGCUCCUGCAGCAGCAGCUCAAGACAGCGCCCAGCAUCGUCCAGGCCGGCUUCGAUCUGCGCGCGGCCCAGGACGGCGACUCCUAGGGUGAGCAGCUUGCACGGCAGCAGUAGCAAGUUGAUUGUUUUAGUUAAUAUGCAAAUUCCUGUAACUUCGGGCGACAGUGGAAGUAGCGGUUCAGGAUGCAUGUUUGACGCACAGCAGCUGUUUGAUGAAUUGUCUAACUAGCUUUUCUUUCUUCGCUGAUUUUGCUAGACUUGUUUUAGGUCGCAGAUGAGUAGUUAACUCUUGUUCUAGGGUUGUUUUCUAGCUGUAGUUUGUUUGUCCCCUCACUAGAUUUAUUUGCUCGCUCUAAGUUAUUUAAUUUCCUCUUAGUUAUAUCCUGAAAAACCAAAACACAAACUAGUUGUUUAGUGCUCUUGCUAAUUAGUUUUAAUUCUAUUUCUACUGGCGUUUGUUUUAUCAGUGCACUAACUCUGUCUUGUUAAGUUCCUGACGAGUUGAGCUUCCGAUGUUUUCUCUCUGAUCAGCUUCCGUUCAGUUGCGCGUGUGUGCUUGUUUGAGAGAUUUUUCACCGUUUUGCUUCUGCGAGUGUGUUUUGGCUCCGUUUGGGUGCUUUAGGUAUCGGAUCAUCUGCGUGGUUGAACUUGUGAGAUUUUGUUUGGACUUUUCUCGAUCGAGCUUCCGAUUGUAAGUCAAGAGUAUUCCUAGUGCUGAUAGUCGUUCUGAGCUAUGCGGUACUGAUACUCUUCGUCUGAGGUGCGUUGGGUGUAAACGGGACUUUUCUCUUCAGUUUUUCAAAUCGAAUUUUAGACUACCAUUCACCCCCCGGUCGCCUAUCUGGUCCUUCGUUAUUAUACUUCAGUACUCCAGCGACGAGCAUUGGCAAUUCCCAGAACAAUUAUUAUGUAGUCGAUGUUCCCUGUAAGAAUGGAGCAGACGCCAGACAGUACCCUUGGUUCUGUCGUGUGUUUUUUUUUUCUCCUGCAGGGCCACUGAAGCAGAGUUAUGCCUUCAACACAAGCUGAAAACAGAAUAGCAUAUCCAUCUUUCUCAAGACGGCAAGACCCUUUAUUUGUCCAUGUGUGCACUACCACCAGUAUUGCCAUCUUUCUCGUCCACCAUGGACGUCGUCGAGCCGCCGCCGCAGUCCCCAUCCAUCUUCCUCGACCUUCCCCCAACACCCUACGACGGCAGCGGCGGCGUUCCCGCCUCAGAGCAGCAGCAGGAAGAGGAUGUGGCCCUCGAGCACAUCUCGCGUAUGCUCAUGGGGGAGGAGGAGGACAGGGACGGCAGGUUCUCGUGCCAUGAGGACCACCCCGCCCUCCUCCACAUCCAGCAGUCCUUGGCCCAGAUCAUCUCCUCCUCGUCUUCCUCCGACAAUGCCACCACCAACUCGGACAUCUGGUACGCUGCCAUUGAGGCCGCGGGAGGAGCAGAUCACAGCUGUAUCAGCAGCACGGACCUGCUGACCAUGGCGUUCCUCAGGGGCAGGGAGGAAGCCAGCAAGUUGCUGCCCAGAGACGACAGGCUCGUGAUCAGCCCAGAGCCUGACACUCUGUGCGCCACCAAUGGACUUCGAGUGAGACUACCGGAGACGGAGGACGCGGAGACCGGCAGAGCAAGCAAAAAGCUGAUGGCGAUGGCCGCGCCGGCAGAGGAAAUGAUCGCCAGGAUGAUGGCCAGCGACUGCGAGCUACCCAGGGAAGAGAUGGAGGACCUGCGCGCCGCCAUGGCGGAUGAGGCGGCCACCAGGGAUGCGCGGCGGCGGAGGAGGAAGCAGCAGCAGGUGGACAUGCGCACGCUGCUGGUCCACUGCGCGCAGGCAGUGGACGACCGCCGUGGCGCGCGCGAGCUGCUCCGGCAGGUGAAGCAGCACGCGUCGCCCACGGGGGACGCCACGCAGCGGCUGGCGCACUGCUUCGCCGAGGCGCUGGAGGCGCGUCUCGCCGGCGCGGGGACGGGGAGGUCGUCGCUCAUGGCGACGAACCGCGCCGAGUUCCUCAAGGCCUACCGCCUCUUCAUGGCCACCUGCUGCUUCGAGAAGGUGGCCUUCAUGUUCGCCAACCUGACCAUCUGCCGCGCCGCGGCAGGGAGGAGCCGGCUGCACGUCGUGGACUACGGCCUCCACUUGGGGUUCCAGUGGCCGGACCUGCUACGGUGGCUGGCGGCCAGGGACGGCGGCCCGCCGGAGGUGACGAUCACCUUUAUAGACCACCCCCAGCCGGGGUUCCGGCCAGCCAGACGAAUCGAGGAGACCGGGCGAAGCCUGAGCAACUACGCCCGCGACAUCGGCGUGCCGUUCAAGUUCCGUGCGAUUGCGGCGGCGAGGUGGGACACCAUCGGCGUCGAGGAGCUGGGCCUGGGCCUGGGCGUCGACGACCCCGGUGCGGUGCUCGUCGUGAACAGCCUCUUCAAGCUCGAGACGCUGGUCGACGACAGCGUGGUGGUGGACAGCCCGAACCCCAGAGAUCGGGUCCUCGGCGGCAUCCGCGGGAUGCGGCCGGCCGUGUUCACCCACGGCGUCGUCAACGGCUUCUACGGCAACUCUUUCCUGACGCGGUUCCGGGAGGCGCUCUUCUACUACUCGGCCGUGUUCGACUUGCUGGACGCGACGAUGCCGAGGGGCAGCGAGCAGCGGCGGGUGCUGGAGCGGGACGUCCUGGGGCCGUGCGCGCUCAACGUCAUCGCCUGCGAGGGCCGCGACCGGACCGACCGUUUCGACUCCUACAAGCAAUGGCAGCUCAGGAGCCGACGGGCCGGCCUCAGGCAGCUGCCCUUGGACAGGGAGAUCGUCGGCGAGGUUAGGGAUGAGGUCAGAAAGCACCACUACCACAGGGACUUUGUGAUCGACGAGGAUCACGGCUGGCUGCUGCAGGGGUGGAAGGGACGCAUCCUCUACGCUCACUCAAACUGGGUUGCAGAUGACGACCACCACACCCUCUGAUGUCGCCCCUGACUACUAGUACAGUUCCGGUCUGUUUUCCCCUUUUCAAGAGAGAACUUUUUUCGAAAGACUUUCAAGAGAAAACUGAAUCGAGUAAAUUUUUUUUGCACAUUUAUUUGAUUCUCACAUUUCCAAAAAUCCACAUAAUUAACACCCAUUCAAGCAACAUACUUA